AUGGCGUGCACAGACAAUGCGAUGAGAGCCUUGUUCCUCCUGGCGCUCGUCUGCGCCGCGCACGCUGGGAAGGACACGAAGGAGAGCUCCUCCGCUCCUGCCAAGGAGGGCGGCGACGCGAAAGCAGCGUCCGGGCCCGGCGGGUCGUUCGACAUCACCAAGCUGGGCGCCUCCGGCAACGGCAAGACGGACAGCACGAAGGCUGUGCAGGAGGCGUGGACGUCGGCGUGCGGCGGCACCGGGAAGCAGACGAUCCUCAUCCCCAAGGGCGACUACCUCGUCGGCCCGCUCAACUUCACCGGCCCGUGCAAGGGCGACGUGACCAUCCAGGUGGACGGCAAUCUGCUGGCGACCACGGACCUGAGCCAGUACAAGGGUAACUGGAUCGAGAUCCUGCGCGUGGACAACCUGGUGAUCACCGGCAAGGGAACGCUCGACGGGCAGGGCCCCGCCGUGUGGAGCAAGAACUCGUGCGCCAAGAAGUACGACUGCAAGAUCCUGCCCAACUCGCUGUGCAAGGACAUGCUGAUCAAGGACGUGACGGUGACGGCGCCCGGGGACAGCCCCAACACGGACGGCAUCCACAUGGGCGACUCGUCCGGGGUCACCAUCGUCAACACCGUCAUCGGCGUCGGCGACGACUGCAUCUCCAUCGGCCCCGGGACCAGCAAGGUGAACAUCACCGGCGUCACCUGCGGCCCCGGCCACGGCAUCAGCAUCGGCAGCCUGGGGCGGUACAAGGACGAGAAGGACGUCACGGACAUCAACGUCAAGGACUGCACGCUCAAGAAGACGAGCAACGGCCUCCGGAUCAAGGCGUACGAGGACGCCGCCUCCGUGCUCACCGCCUCCAAGAUCCACUACGAGAACAUCAAGAUGGAGGACUCCGCCAACCCCAUCAUCAUUGACAUGAAGUACUGCCCCAACAAGAUCUGCACCGCCAGCGCUGCUCCAAGCCCCGAGGCCGUCAGCCUGCUCUGCUCCGACAAGAUCCCCUGCACCGGCGUCACCAUGGAUAACGUCAAGGUCGAGUACAGUGGCACCAACAACAAGACCAUGGCCGUAUGCAAAAACGCCAAGGGCACCGCCACGGGCUGCCUCAAGGAGCUCGCAUGCUUCUGA